GCCUUGUUGAAGCUUCAGAACAGCCCUCCGAUGAUUUUAGACAAUGAAUAUGAGAACAACGACACUCCUGUUUCAUGUUUGCAUUGGCUUCGCCGUUGCUGUGCCGCCAGCCGGCGCUUUAUCAGAAGAUGCCGACUACUGUGAUUUUUCUGGCAUCGACCUCUACGAAAAGGUUAAUGCGGUCGUCAACGAGCUGCCACCAGAGUACUCACAGCCUGACCGAAAACCGGAAGAAGUCAUACCUGGCGUUUUCCUAGGGACCAUUGUGUACAAAGGCUUGGACAACUUGAGACCAUACGGCCCUGUAUUCAGCCACUGCCGCAACGGCACCAGGCUUGUUCAAGUAGAUCUUGCCACCGAUGAUCGCCUUAUGGAAGCUUUCAUGCCUUGGAAGACAUGUGGUGGGCAGCAAGGAUCUAUUAGGACCUAUGCAAGUGCAAGGGUUACGGUCACUUUCAAGUUGGUAGACACAAGUACUGUUGAACCGUCCGUUAAAAAUCAAGUAAAGCUGGACCACCACAGUGGACCAACUCCAGUUUCUGUGCAUGCUGUUUCCGUGUAUCUGCGAGGAGCUGGCGACACAGUGGCAAGCGUUGUGGGAAGUGCGAGCAAACUGUUUCCUCAGCUACCCAAGGAAUUCUGGCUCGACAUGGUGACAUGGAGGCUCCGCACCGUACUUAAGGAGAUCAUCUGGAAGUUAUCUUUGGGCAUCUGAGCGAAUGUUUACGGUUAGCUGGCGUCCCUAUAGAUGCUCGAAGCAUUUGAAGAAGCUACUACAAAAUGUCACUUAUACAAUACAAGGUCACGUACUGUGCACGUUUCGAUUGCUAAUAAUGAGCCUUUAGAUA